AUGGCGACAAGCAGCGAAGCAUCGCAGCUCACGUUCUACCCGGCAUUCUGCUUCAAGGCGUCCCCGACUCAUUUCACCUGGGUAAAGAUGAGUGCAGCAGAUGUGCAUGGGUUGAAGAGAAAGUCUGAAUUUGGGGACCAAGGCCUAUUCUUCUACCUUAACCAUCCGAUCCGCUUCGUCUCGGUAAUGGGCAUCAUUGUGGCCAGGACCGAAGUCCCACGCAGAACAAUCCUCACCCUAGACGACAGCAGCGGCGCAACGAUCGACAUCGUGGUCCUGCGAGCGGAGGAGUCGGAGUCCCAGCGCGGAACCAGUCCAAGCCUCAAAUCCGAACCCGAACUUGACGGCCUGCAUCCCGUCCAGAGACAGCCCCAACCACACCUGACAGCAACAACGCAAACGGCUCUCUCCAUCGAGGCCCUUGCAGUCGGUGCCCCGGUGCACAUCAAGGGCACGCUCUCGGUGUUCCGCUCCACGGUGCAGAUCCAACUCGAGCGGUUCUUCCCCGUGCGGGAAACCGGCGCGGAAAUGCGGUUUCUCGAUCAGCGGUGUCGGUUUCUGGUUGAGGUGCUUUCUGUGCCGUGGUGGGUUGGGGAAGCGGAGAUGGCGCGGCUGCGGGAGAUGGUGGAUGAGGAAGGGAGGAAGGUGGAGGGGGACCAGGAGAGGCGGGCGAGGCGGGCGAGGAGGCGCGCGGAGAGAGAGGAGAGGGACCGGGGCAGGAUUUGGGGGAUCUGGGAGAGGGAGGAGGCGCAGAGGGAGAGAGAGGCAGAGAGGUGUAGGGAGGAUGGCGUGGCGUUGAUGCGGGAGCUUGAAGGUGCGAAGUUUGGCUGUUAGCGGCUGUGGAGGAUAGAAUAUAGGUUACGACGUUAUGAUUUGUAUAGAUAUGAUAUGACUCGUGUCAGUGAGCAUGACCCUUGUAUAUAUAGUAUAGUAUGUUACUUGUUUAAUGUGCAUGAGUUUUGGGGGGGGAUGUCUAUAUAAUUGUGGUAUACAGUGUAGCUAAGCUACUAACUAGUCAG